GGCAAAGAGCUAGCCGAAUUUAUGCAACCGAAAAUGAGAAAGAACUCGUUUCAAUUUACAUAAGAAGUAGCCCCGCGUGGUUCGAGGGUCACUCGUCAGUGUGUCUGUAGGUUUCGAUACGGGCGCCGUUGGUUGUGUUUUGUUACUUCAACAGAUCGCCGGUGUGUACGAUAUCAAUAUGUGUGAGCGAUAUGUUUUUGUUGUCGUACUACUAGCGGUAGUGACAUCUUUCGUCAGCGAUUGCAGCGCUAAAAUUGCACCUGACUUCAUCCACCCCUGCAACAGUACGGAGCCGGCUUGCCUCAUUAAAGCAACUAUAGAUGCGAUUCCUGGAUUCGCCAAGGGCUUGCCAUCGCUCGGUGUACCUUCUUUAGACCCCUUUGUCAUUGAUGAGUUACCGAUACAGCUGCCUGGCAUCAAGGUUACGUUCUACGAAGGCAAAGUCACCGGAUUGAAAAAGUGUGAAGUGCUUAACGUCGAAGCCUACUUGGAGAAAAAUGUAUUUAUAUUGGAGGUACGUUGCAACAUCACGAUCAAAGGGAAAUACACGGCUGUUGGUAGAUUAUUACUCUUCCCCAUCAACGGUGAAGGAGACUGCAAAAUUAAAAUUGUAAAUUCAAUUAUUAAGUUGAAUAUUAAGACGAAGUACUUUAAAGAUACUGAGAAUCGCGAUCACUUCGGUAUCAAGAGCUACAGGUAUACCUUCGACUACGGGGAAAAAAUAAUCUACACCAUCACCAAUCUGUUCAAGGGCAACCCUGAAUUAAGUAACACUGUUCUGCAAUUCCUGAAUGAAAACUGGAGAGUUGUGACAGAAGAGUUCGGCAAACCGGUUGUGGACUACGCUCUCAACGUGACUGUUAGCACCGCUAAGAAGUUCUUCGACGCUGUACCAUACGACGAAUUACUCUAUGUACCUAUACCUAAAUACUGAUAAGUAUUAAACACGUUGUUGAGAAAUAUUGAAUAAGGAUUAAUAAUUUAAAUUAAUUAUGUCAUUCAGAUGCAACUUACAACUUUUCAUUUGUUUAGUUAUAUGUAGACAUUUUGUUUUAUUGGUUACUCGGUUCAAAGCUUUAGAAGUGACUUUCGAAACUGGAAAACAAAAACAAAAGAAGUUUGGUAAAAUUAAUAAUAAUAAUUAAAUGUAUAGGAAUGUAUGAACAUAAAAAUCGAACACAAGUAAUUCCACAAUUAAAAUUAUUUCACUGAGGGUUAAAUAAAAAUAAUACUCAAUUGGACAGGCAUAGAAACAGUUUACUUUUUAUUUUAAAGAUAUUUAUUGAGCUGCUAAUAAAUUAAAAAACAAUGUAAAAUUAUACUUUAAGUUUUAAUAAAAAUUAAAUAAAGUUGAUUCAAAAUAGAAAUACAUAGAAAAAUAAAUAGUAAGAUCAAUGGUCAGAUUAGUCUUGCUAGAUAUGUGGUUAAGAACUUUAUCGCUAGAUACACUACGAUACACACAUGAGAAAGAAAGAGAUGGUGAAUGUCGCUAUUUCGUUUAAAUUCAUGCACGGGGUAGCGAUAUCGUGCCUAUUAAUUACGGGUCUUCUCGACUCUCCAGGUAGCAGGACUCAGGUGGGGACCUCACAGCAAGCCCGUUCUAUUGACAAAUGCAAAUAUAAUUUCUAUAGAGAGCACUGUUGAGCGAAACAAGUGCCAACUCUUAAUUUGUUAGUGCAAUAAAUUAAACGCAUCUAUUUUUAAUAUCAAAAUUAUUUGUGAAAUAAUUCAUAUUAAUGUACAAUUUUUGUUAAAAUAAUUACUUAUAGGUACGUAAUGUAUGAAAAUUAUACAUAUUAAUUAAGUACCAAUGAAAAAUUUGUGAUGAACAAGGUAUUCUCUUAUUUUUAGUUAUACUAUUAGAAUGCUAGUUUAAAUGUAUUUUUAAAAUAAAUAAAAUUAAUAUAGGUACUAUUAUGUGAAAUUAUUUUUUCUAAGUUUAAAAUAAUAAUAAAAUUAUUAGAGUCAAAAAUCUA